AGUAUAUACAACGACACAAAUCUUACGAUCCUGAGCAUCACUUGGGCCUAUGAUAACGAAUCUGACUCCACGCCGGGCCAAUUCAGUAGUAAGGAAAUCUACAUGGCAUAUUUGGAUGCCUUCCGCGACACUGUUGUCUCGUCAAACAACAACGUGACCAUAUCCGACGUCAUGAGGUUCUACUCGGGUGAAAUAGAGACAAUCAUCGGUUGGCACCUACAAGGGAUCCAGCAGUCAUCGGGUGAACUCUGGACAAAGUUGGUAACCUACCAGUUACUUUUGAUGGCUAAGGAACAGACAGGAAAGGAGCGAGCUCUGGGGUCUACAUUCUUCUCUCGUGGGGGGUAUGGCUUGAUUGAAGACUACCUUUGGUAUAUGAACGUAAGUAUCAUGGGAAGGAGCUUACUGGAGACAUCCUUCCAAUAUUCACCCUCACUUCGCGAUGCGUACUCGGGCACAGUUACUGGUGGGCUGGCUGCUGAAAUAGCUAAAAUGCGAGACGAAAUAUACCUGAACAACCACGAAAUGUUGUCACCGUCAUUGUCCAAAGGUGACAUGUGGUUCAACAAUAUGACCAGCUACAUUAACGACCUAAUGACCCUGCAAACGGAACUGGCCGACUUCAUCAUCGAGCAGCUGGAUUCGGACAUGCGAGGGGGCAUCUACAGUGUGGUGGCCUGUGCCUUCUUUCUCUCCACGGUUCUCAUCACUGGCCCCUUGAUUAUCCGCGGCAUCAUCCACCAGACUCAACAAAUCCAACGGGUGGGGGACUCCCUACACCGCAAGACCCUGGAGCUCCGGGAAGAGAAGAAGAGGUCGGACUCGCUGCUGUAUCAGAUGCUGCCCAAGGUGGUGGCUGAGCAGCUCAAGCUGACGGGACAGACUACCGCUGAGACCUACGACGAAGUGACGGUGUUCUUCUCGGAUGUGGCCAACUUCACUGCAAUGUCUGCUAUUAGCACACCCAUUCAGGUAAUAGUGAUGCUUAAUACCUUGUACCAAUGCUUGGACGCUCUGAUCGACCGCUACGAUGUGUACAAGGUUGAGACAAUUGGGGACGCAUACAUGGUGGUGUCAGGGGCGCCUCGGCGAAAUGGAAGUCGGCACGCGCCAGAGAUGGCUCGGCUAUCUCUCGCAAUCCGCCGCGAAAUAGCUACUUUCCACAUCCCGCACUUACCUGACCACACCUUCGAGCUUCGCAUCGGGAUUCACACUGGUCCGUGCGCCGCAGGUGUGGCUGGAUCAACAAGACCACGUUAUUGCCUUUUCGGAGAUACAAUCAACACGGCGUCUCGAAUGGAGUCUACUGGACAGCCUGGACGGAUUCAUAUCAGUCAAGCUACGCGGGGGGCCUUGCUCCAAUGUGACGACAGUGAAGAGGAUGGGAAGUUUUAUGUAACGCUUCGAGGUACUUUGGAUAUCAAGGGGAAAGGUGAGAUGACAACAUACUGGUUAUUAGACUCGCCUGAGACUGUACAUCAAGCUGAGUCAUCGGAAAUAUCAUAAACCAGACAUCGAACCCAGCUGAUUCGAUACGUCAAGAUGAGAAACUUUUUAGCUACAAAUUGCACAGAUGACGCGGAGAUACGGACCUUAACAACCAAAUAGUAUAACGGAUCUCAUUUAAAUUCAAAUCUGGUUUGCCGACCUCUUCCAGUAUUUUGUUUCAUAUAGGGUUCCUCCUUUGCAAUACUGUGUUAAAUACGCUCGGUGUCUGUGCAUUGUGAAAAAAUGCUGACCAUUCAAGAGUUGCAGGUGUACGUAAGGCUUAAUUUAAAGCACAGGAUAAACCACUGUUUCGGGUUUAUUUAUAAGGGCAUUCGGAUAUGCAGUGGUUCAGUCAUUGGUCAGUGUUCAAAUUAACAUUAUGAAAGUUUCAGUCACCGACCACGGCUUAUUGUUCAACACAGAGGGGGAAUUAACCCCUCUCACGUGCACGCUUUCUCGUCUCAACAUGCAUAUUUGGAAAAGUAUGGUUAAUCAGUAAAUAUGAUUAUGAAUAGUAUUUAAGGAAAACGGUCUCUAUAUUAAACUCGUGUACGUAAACAAAACUAUUUGUAAUACGUUGCAAAACUUCUAGAUCAACAAUAAAAGUAAUUAUUUUAGUAUCCUAAAUUAGGCAGCACUCGUAAUAUGAUCAAGUGAGAUUGUUUCGUACACAAAUUUCUUUGCACACUCACCGUCGAAAUCACCUCAAAUUGUAUACACAAAGUCGUGAUACCUUUUAUCAAAAUCAAACUUCCAUUACAACAGGUAAUGAGGUGAAGCUGUAUUUUACCUCAAAUUUUUCAUCUUCAUUUUUUUAAAAUGUAACUUGGCAUAGAUACGGCAACCACGAUUGCAAUUUAAGAUUCAAAAAUGACAAAUUCAAAAAUAGGACGGUUGGGUUCAUCUCUUGUUUUGACAAAACUGAGUUUUGUAAUGAAGACACUGUGCUUAAAUGAAGACAAUGUGCUUUACAUUUCUCAGCAUCAAAUUUGUAGCUUGAAUGUUGCACACAUAUAAACCUUUCAGACAGAAUUUAGAUAUCAAUAGUUUCUUUAAGCAUGGUUACUUUACAGUUGCGGUCACAGAGAAAUGCUUCGUAAGCAUUAAGUGAGCUCUAUUGUUACUCGAAGUUCUUUAAGUGUUUUACCGUCUUUAAAUACUUGUAUGUGGAACCUACCACUCGAAAUAAGCCCACAGCCUGCUGCCACAGAAGGCAAGGAACGUAAUUUAUUUUCGGGUCUGUGGAAAUUUAAUGAUAAAAAUAUCUUUGCUCUUAUUGUUAACCACCGUAGUCCAUGUUUUACCGUCAAUUUCAUUAAUUUUCAGGAACUUGUAUACACCUUGCUCGUUUGUCUUAGUUUUGACAUUAAUGCUUACGGUAGGACCAUUGGCAUUAAGUCACUCGCUUCUGUGUGAGGUAUGUAACUACAUGUAUAUGCAUUCAGAAAUACACACAGCGUCACUGGAGGGGUUGGGGGUGUCACAGCCCCGUGAGUCAGUUUCGGCGGCAAAAUCAUGAUGCCAUCAGCAAACAUAAAGAAGCAAGGGGAAAAGACGGGGAGGAGGUCACGUAAGUGUUUGGUUGGAGAAUAAGACCACCAUUACACUCAUUUUGUGUGUCGGUCGGGAUAGCACCGCCCUGUUCAAAAUGGUUAAAGGACGCCUGUGUAAAUACCUGAGACAAUAUACCCAUUUCUACUUGUCGAGAGACAUGUUUUUUAUAAUAUGACUACCUGGGGAUACACCGUGAACUUUCCAACGGGAAAAUUGUUUUAUUACCAGUCUUGAGAGUAGACUAGUCUUCACGCUUAGUGGAGGCUUCCCCUGUUGAAAUCUAAGACUUCCCUUUGGAAAAAAUCCUCUAUACAAUAAAGCUACAAAGCCACGAUUAUGACCUUUAUUAUUUAUUUCGAGUUUCCCAAUCGUCUUGUGUACAAAAAAAUUCUAGUUCGAGAGCCCGACACGUGGCCGAUUUUUAAACGGUUGAUAAAACACCAGCCAGCUACAGAAAUGGCAACGGAACCACAUACACGUACAUUUGUUUCUACUACUACGCUGCAUUACGUACCGGUACUUUGGCUGACGUCACAAUUUCAAAAUGUAUCUAUUUUAAUCAAAUCACCUUAAAGUAUCACCGAAGGUGGGUGGAUUUUGAAGUACAAAGAAAAAGAAUAUGCUAUAAUUAAAUAUUUAUAUAUGAAUGAAGUGCAAUUUAAAGAGUUUCAAAAAUGAGCAAUAAAUGUUAACAUCUUGACUUAAAAACGAAAUGUUGUUGUAUAAGGAUAAGUACGUGCACGGAGUAACACUACAUAUAGUUUGAGAAAAGUUGAAAAAGAAAAUGACACAACUAAUGGAAGUAAGUCUCUUUUAUUAGUCACAAUUAUGGUCAGGUUUAGCUUGAUUAUGAUGUCCAUGGAGAGUAUUGUUUCUGUCUUGGUGGUACUGAAAAAUACAGUUUAAUUUUAAUUCUAAAUUUCUCGCUGCGUUUUCUAUUUCUUGACGAACGACCCUCUGAAUCACCAAUGGCAAUAAAUGGCCCUUUUAGUCAGGUCAACGAUCUCGUUUGUGACAUUUAAUGUGUCAGGCCAACAAAAAAGUCUCGGGUUUCUGGUGAAGAGUUGGCUCCAAAAGUGGUGCGGUGACGCGGCUUUUUUUUUUAACCUUUUUUAAUUCUUUUUUUAGAAAUGAUGUACGUAUAACAUCAUAGGUGGAGUAAGGCUAGCGUAGUGGUUCUUUCCCUGCCCUCCACCUCUGCGGUCCAGGUUCGAUUCCCGGCUCGGUCCACAUGUGAAUUGGGUUUUCAGUCUUUACCUGAUUCCAUGGGUGUUACCCAGAAUAUUCUCAUGGGUGGUCCCAGGUGGUCCUCUUCCCACCUCUAAAACUGUAACUGCUUCUCAAUGUCUCCUCUCUACAGACGUGGGCCGUUUGGUGGCUGCUUGCGUCGUUCUUGUAAGCCUUCUACCCACGUUGUAAAUCUGAGGACCUCCAUGGAAAGCAGUACUAUCACUGAUCAGAGCUUACCCUCAUUAAAGAUGACAUAAAUAAACAAAAUAACGCGUGAUGUCCAUCGCGACUGCAUGCGUAGGUAACACCGGCCCCUACUGACAC